AUGUUUCUAGCCUUUGGCGUUCUGCUGUUGGCGUCGUCUGUGCUGGGUGAGAAAGACAACCUCAACACUAUUUAUAAAGCGAUUAAGGAUAUCACUGGAUUUGACCGAAAUGACCUCAUGAAAAUGAAAGAAGUCGUUAUUGCCAAAAAACUUGGAAAGCAGAUUCUCAUUCUCGAUCGCAGCCUUCGAAAAAGACAACGCGAUUACAUAAAAGCUACUCUAUCUCUACCACCUGAUGCGCGCCGUUUCAUGUACUCGGUUUGCUUUUCUUUUCGUGUUUUGUCUCAUUUUUUGAAGUUGUUCUUUACUCUUGUACUUCUCGUGUUGGGAGAUCCGCAUCCCUGUGGAUGGAUAGGUAAGCGUUUAAGAGGGGAGGAUAAAUGUACGAAAAACCUGUUCUGGUUUAGUUGUUUGAGGCACUACUCUCUGAUUCAUCAAAUCAAUUGA